CUAGUUGGGACGCUCUUCUUUUAUGACACUGUAGAAGUCACCUCCAUCUGGUUACCAGUCGUGUGACUUCCCAUCAUGCCUGCCAGACUCCCAGGCUCGGGGCUACGUUCUAGCUUCAUAUGCGCCCAGUGCUGUAAAUCUCUGACCUCAUCGAAGCGAAGACGUCUUCUAUCAACCACGGCGUCUUCAGCACCAGAAAUCUACGAUGUCGUGACAGUCGGCGGCGGUCCAGCUGGACUUGCACUCCUCGCAGCACUCAAAUCCUCUCCCGUCACAUCACACCUGAAAACUGCACUAAUUGAGCUUCAAGACCUCACCAAGAACCGCCAAUGGACUUCUCCAUCGGAUCAGUAUUCAAAUCGCGCAAGUAGUCUCACGCCCUCAUCGAUCUCGUUCCUCGAGUCGACUGGCUCGUGGGUGCACGUCGAACAAUCACGUGUCCAAGCCUACGAUGAAAUGCAGGUAUGGGAUGCCGCGAACGACGCCAGUAUCCAAUUUGACUGGACCUCCGAGACUCAAAGGUACAAUGCACCUCCACAGACCAUAGCCACCAUGUGCGAGAAUACCAACCUGACACGCGGACUGAUUGAACGAAUUGUCGAAUUGGGCGCGGAAUCAAGUCUCUUUGCGAAUACGAGCGUGUCGGGUAUUACCAACGGCAAAGACGAUCCAGCAGGUUUGAAUCUCUCUUCUUGGCCGAUCCUCAACCUCGAAUCCAAGUCAUCACCAUCAUCAUCCUCCUCCUCCACUACGAGCCUUGCAGCACGCCUCCUCGUCGGCGCCGAUGGCUUCAAUAGCCCCGUCCGCACAUUCGCAGGGAUCAACUCAUCGGGCUGGGACUACAAUCGACACGGCGUCGUGGCUACACUAUCGAUUCAAGAUGGCCCAUCGGCCAUUUCCUCCCACGGCACCGAUGAAUCAUCUGAUUUCAACUUCGACCUUUUCGCCUCAGAACCGCUCCCCAACCGAGCAACAGCAUACCAACGCUUCCUCCCGCAACUAGGCGGCCCCAUCGCCAUCUUACCUUUGCCAAACGGACACGCAUCGAUGGUGUGGUCGACGACACCCGCUUACGCGACCUACCUCAAGUCUCUAUCUCCAUCGGGACAAUUGUCCAUGAUCAACGCCGCUCUACGGCUCGGGCAAACCGACCUGAAAUACCUCUUAACUCUACCCUCCGACUCUCCCGACGCUCACGAGACCGAGCUCCGUUGGCGUCUCGCACACACAGACGCCCCCAGCGUCGCACGCCAACCGCCCGUUGUCACGGGUGUCCAGGAGAAGAGCAUGGCCAGUUUCCCACUGCGCUUCCGUCACGCGACCAGCCUCAUCAACCCUCGCGUCGCACUCAUUGGGGAUGCAGCUCACACGGUUCACCCUCUGGCGGGACAAGGGUUGAACCUGGGCCUUGCGGAUGCGCAGAGCCUCGCGAGUUGUGUUGCCUACAGUGUCGAGCACGGCAUGGACAUUGGCGACGCUAUGGCUCUGGAACGCUAUUCUUCGGAUCGAUUCGGAAAGGGCUUGUUGAUGGCCGGAGGCGUGGAUGCGUUGAAUUCCUUGUAUCAGAUCGGUGCGGCUGGGGAGGGCAUGUUGGCGAGCGUCGCUGGACGUGCUAGGGGCGUCGGAAUGAAGGUCAUCAAUGACCUUGUGCCAGGGUUGAAAGGGUUGAUCAUGAAGCAGGCAAGCUGAGCUGGACUCCCUACGACAUCGAACCUGUAUAGUAUGGUCCCCUUGCGGAGUAUAGAAGAUAUGCUCUUCACGCAGGGUGUCGAUACUGAAGGCGGAAGACAAUGUGUAAUGAUAGCGCAGCGCAACUCGACUGAAUAGUCACCACAAUUACGUCCACAAAACUUGGGCGAAUGCAACGACUUCCGAGCACGUCAGACACUUAGAACUAGGUCCGCAAAGUUGAAAGAUCAGACAGUCUCGUUGAAUUGCAGAAUUGUAGAAUUUUUGUAUCAAUUUGAGAUUCUC